UGUAAGACCCUUACACUAGUCUCCUGCGCCCGGCGAUGACAACAUAUAAGCUCCCAUGUGAGAUUUGCAAAUGCUUAACAACGAUCUCCAACCAAAUUCACGCUGAUUCUCGAUCAUCCCAGUUUUUUUUCCGUCGGUUCGAGAGAACCUCGAGCUUCAAGUAUAUAUGCCUCGCAUCGCAACCCUUACUGCGAUUUUCGCCAUCUUCGUUUCUAUCAUCAUCUUCAACACACAGCUCAAGAGUUUCUUCACAGAUAUCACUUCUUCCCUCGUCAACACCAACGCAACGAACACCACAACUCAAACCACAGCUCCAAACUCGCUGGAUUCGCUUGGCUCGCCCAUGCUCAACUCAGUCAAGAACACAAUGUCCAAGACUCUCCACCACGCCAAGAUCACGCCGCACCGGAGCGCCACCCGGGGCCACGCGGACCACGGCUGGCUCAACACCUACCACAGCUUUUCGUUCGCCAACUGGUACGACCCGCGCUUCAACAGCUUUGGCGCGCUGCGCGUGCUCAACGAGGACCGCGUCAAGGCUAACUCGGGCUUCCCGACGCACCCGCACCGCGACUUUGAGAUCUUCAGCUACAUCCUGUCGGGCGAGCUGACGCACCGCGAUUCGAUGCUGCAAAAGGGCGCCGAGGGCGGCCAGAGCGACAAGUUCUACCGCAUGCACCGCGGUGACGUCCAGUUCACCACGGGCGGCACGGGCAUCGCGCACUCGGAGAUGAACGAGCACAGCAGGGACACGGUACAUUUCCUCCAGAUCUGGGCGAUCCCGUGGAAGCGCGGCCUGCCGCCAACCUACCACACGCAACACUUCCCCGAGGAGGACAAGCGCAAGGGCUUCGUCACGAUCCUCUCCCCGCUGAAAGCCGGGCCCGAGGCCACGGCGGCCGAGGAGAAGGCGGCGGAGCCGUCGAUCCCGGGCACGAUCCCUAUCCACGCCGACUUCGUCAUGGGCGCGGGUAUUAUCGAGCCAAACGCCGUGUUUGAGUGGAGUGUCGGCGCCAAGGUCACGGAGCAGACGAAGCGCAAGGUCUUUGUCCACCUACCGAUGACCAAGAACGGCAAGGCCAAAAUCCGGAUCGACGGCCGCGAUGACGCCGUCCUGUCCGAGGGAGACGGCGCGUUCGUCGACGUCGUCAACGCCGGGGACAAGUUGAGCGUCGAGAGCGUCGGCGAGGCCGAGGCCGAAGUUGUUGUUCUGGACACAGCAUAAAGGAGAAAAAAAGAGUACCAUGUACACAAUGAAAAGGGUUUCAAUUGGGAGCGACUCGGAAUAUCCAUACAUACCACUUUGACUUCAGAAUUGACUUUGUUAGACUAUGAACCUUGUUCUUGUUUCCAACUUCAUACGAGUGAAGCACU